AUGUUUUUUACAGACCCAAAUAGAGAUUAUGCAACUGAGAUGAAAAAUUGGUGAAGAGGAAUGCCAGCAUAUACGAAACUUGUAAUUUAUGUGUCUAUUGGAACUUAUAUAUUAUCAUGACUAAAUUCAGCAUUUAUACCGCUAUUUAUCAAUAUCCCAAUAUUUACUAUAGAAAAUUUGCAAAUUUGGAGAGUCUUUACAUCUCCUUUUAUAACAUUGAAUUUAUUGACUCUCAUUUUUGAGAUGUGCUCUUAUUUGCCAAUAGCAUAUAGAACAGAAUUAAGAUUAGGCACAGCGAAAUAUGGAGCUUUCUUUAUCAUGAAUUUUAUAAUACUUGAAGUUUUAUACGCAGCAUCACUAUAUGGGCUUUCUUUUAUUCCAUCAUUAAGCUUGCUAGCUAUAGUUCCAACAGCUGGACUGUUCCCACUUAUCAUGGCUGAAAUUGUCAUAAAUUGCAAUAUUAACCCAGAAGCACCAUCAUCCUUUUUCUUAUGUCCUAUCCAGAUAAAGGCUAAAUAUUUUCCAUGGGUUUAUUUAGUGGUUUUAUCGUUAAUCGUAGGAGUUAUGUGAGAUUUGCUUACUGCCCCCUCCAUGAGCGAAUAAAAAACAUAUUCUUUCUUCAAAAUUUUAUAGUAAUUUUGUUUUCUCGAAAUUUAAAAAAUUCCGAUACAAAAUUAUUUUCAAAGCAUAUAUUUAAUUUAAUUUGUAAAAUUUAGGUUGUAAAAAUGGGAGCUGUUUAAAAUUAUACAGAAUUAGUUAGAGAUUUCAUUAUAAUAAUUAUCGCUUACGCUCAAAAUAUUUUUCAUAAAAAAUUUUUUGUUCGUUCAUAUGGGUUACUCAAAAAAUAGGGAUUUUUCCAAUGAUUUUGUUCACUCACAAAGGAGGGUAGUUAUAGGAAUCUUGAUCGGAUAUUUUCGUAAAAAUUAUGUAGACGUUUAUAAAUGGAUGAAUUUUACUUAUAUUUCAGACGAAAAAACAAAAUUCAUUGACAAUUUGCGUUUAAUUGUAUCGAUGAAGAAUUAUACAAAUUAUAUAUCGCUUUCUAAUGCAGGAAAUGAUUCAUUUUCUUUAGGUGGUCAAGGGUAUUCUAAGGCUAAUAUCAAUCAGCCAAAUACUCAAACUAAAAGAUCUCAACCUUUCGUGCCUUUUGAAGGUGCAGGAUAUAGACUUGGAGGAGAUGAGUCAAAUGGAUCUGAACGCUUUAAUAGAGUAAUAUUAAUGCAGCACGCUGAAACUGAAAAUUCAAAAGAAGACGAUCCAUUAAUUUAA